AUGGUGACGCUCCCGUUGCGCCCGCCGCGCAGCGCAGGCACGCCGGACGUCGAGCCGCUGCUGACGGAAGAGCAUCAUCACUCGGAAGAUCACGUCAACGAGGUCCACUUUGCCUUUCUCGACGGCGCACCCGAAACCCCCGUCUUCCGCCCCGGCCCCUCCCACCCUUUCUCGCGCCCAGGCCCACGUCUGGGCUCCUACCGAUCCCCUGCUCCCCCGCCCGCGCUCCAGCAUCUCGCCGGCUCCGGCGCUCCCACAUCCGUCAAGAACCUCGCCCGCAUCCUCGCCUUCUUGGUCUUGUUGGGCAUCAUUCCUUCCACUAUCAUCUUUUUGGUCGAUAUUUCCGUACAUAAUGUCGUCAAGGCUCGGGAGGCGCUGGUCAACGCAAAUGCGCCUGCGGGGUAUAUCUUUUACGUCCUCUCGGGCCUUGUCUUGUGCGUCACCAGCACCUUGGUUUGCCAUCUCUGGUCCCCAGAGGCGGAGGGUUCGGGCAUUCCCGCCAUGAAGAGCCUCAUGUCUGGUUUUUACGACAAGGUCAAGCCCUCGCUUUCUUUGUGGACUCUGCUUGCGAAAGCGGUUGGUCUCGUCUGCGCGAUAGGGGGUGGACUGCCAGUGGGAUGGGAGGGACCCAACGUCCACAUCUCCUGUAUUGUCGCCCACCAUCUCUCCCGCCUCCCGCCGUUUCGCGACCUGAGAAAGGAUCGCGCCCUCCGCAUGCAGAUUAUGGCCUGCGCAUGUGCCGUUGGCCUGGCCAGUUCCUUCGGUACCCCUAUCGGUGGCGUCUUGUACGCCUUGGAAACUACCGCCUCGUUUUAUCUCGUCCCGACCUUUUGGAAGUGCGUCUUGGCCACGCUGGCGGGCAGCUUGGUUUAUGACUUGCUCUACAAGACCCCCUUGGUCGAGGCCUUUCUCAAUACCACCUUUGUUAAGGAUGAUUACAAGAAGGAGCAGCUUGUCGCUUUUGUCUUUCUCGGCGUCUUGCUCGGCAUUCUAGGCGCCUUUUUCGUUCGAUGCGUCCAUACCGUCUAUAUCUUGCGCAAGCGCCGCCUCCCAGGGACCAACCGAUAUGUUCUGCUCAGCGUUGUUGGCAUCAUUGCUGCGCUCGUCCAGUACCCGCGGUAUUUGUUCCGCCUUGAUCCGCGUCUUGCAAUUAAUGAGUUCUUUUCGUCGGACAACAUGGAGACGUUAUCACACCUUGAUGUUGGACUGCUCGUUCUCAUCAAGUUUCCGCUCAUUGUCAUCGCCAUUGGGUUGCCCAUUCCCGCUGGUGUCUUCAUUCCAUGUUUUCUCCUAGGCUCUGGGCUGGGGCGCCUCUACGGUGAGUUGUUACGCUUACUUUUUGGUGCAAACAUCGUCCCGGGCGGCUACGCGGUCGUUGGCGCGGCCGCGUUUACUGCAGGGGUGACGAGGGCUCUAUCCGUGGCUGUCGUUAUUUUUGAGGUAACUGGACAGCUUCAGCAUAUGGUACCCACGCUUGCGGCAGUAUUAGCCUCAGUCAUUGUUGCCAACGGGAUCAACCGAUCUUUGUACGAUACGCUCAUUAUAAUGAAGGAGAUGCCGUACAUGCCACACAUGCGGCGAGAUCGCUCUCCAUCUCAAAAAGUACACGAGGUUAUGCGCACGGACGUGAUAUCUCUACGGGAGAAUACAACGUUGGGAGAAAUUCGCUCAAUGUUGGAUACAUACACACGGUUCGACUCUUUCCCGGUGGUCACGGGAGCAGGACUAUUGCUCGGUGCCGUGCGACGCCGAAGUUUGUUGAAUCUAAUGAAUAGUAGUAGACCAAGAUUGCCUAACGGAGAGGUCGACACCAGUCUCUCAGAUAGAGGAAGUCUAGGUGCCAGUAUCAGUGUCAGCGAUGAAGCAGUUCAAGCUGAAAGCGAGGAUCGGCAUCAAAAGAGAUCUAGGGUCAUGAAUGGGGUUCAUGAACAGGCAGAUUUGUCAGAUAGUCCAGUACUUCCAGAGGAAGCUAUCGAACAAGGAAGGGCAAAGGAAGAAGAGGAGAGUCCUCCAGAGUACGGUCGAGGUACAGAGACACGAAUAGAACCGGAUUUGAGUCCCCUGGUUGUGACAGAAAAUACUACAUUAAGUCAACUGCACUUCAUGUUUGUGAUGUUGAUGCCAACACAUGCCUUCGUACUAGUCGGAGGUGCGCUCCAAGGCAUCGUCACAAGGGGAGACAUUGUACAGAGCGGAACAAUUUUGAGACACCCAGGGGAGCAACCAGAAGAUGACACGACAGUAUCUUGA